UCCGCCCCGCGCUGCGUCACCGACGUCCCGCCCGGCUAGCCCCGGGUGCGGUUUGCGUGUGCUGGCGUCUCUGCUGCCCCUCGCUGCCGACCUCCGGAGCGUGGACGCUGGGUGUGCCGGCCAUGGUCCCCCGGUUGGAGGCCGAGCUCUUGGUACUGAACCCGCUGCGCGCCGUAUGGCUCACGCUGGCCGCCGCCUUCCUGUUGACCCUCCUGCUGCAGCUCAUGCCGCCCCGCCUGCUUCCGGGCUGCGCGCUCUUCCAGGACCUCAUCCGCCAUGGAAAAACGAAGCAUGGGGGACCGCCGCGCCCUGCUAUCUGCCGGGCCUUUGAUGUCCCCAAGAGGUACUUUUCUCACUUCUACAUCAUGUCAGUGCUGUGGAACGGCUUCCUGCUUUGGAACCUCACUCAAGCUCUCUUCCUGGGAGUGCCUUUUCCAGACUGGCUUCAUGUUUUGCUGAGACUUCUUGGGGCUGCGCAGUUCCGAGGGGGUGAGCUGGCUCUGUCUGCCUUCUUAGUGCUGGUGUUUCUGUGGCUGCACAGCGUGCGGAGACUCCUCGAGUGCUUCUAUGUCAGUGUCUUCUCUGAUGCUGUGAUUCACAUCGUGCAGUACUGUUUUGGACUUGUCUACUACGUCCUCGUCGGCCUGACUGUGCUGAGCCAGGUGCCGAUGGACGGCCGGCAUGUCAAUGUGAUAGGGAAGAAUCUCGUGAUGCAGGCUCGGUGGUUCCAUAUCCUUGGAAUGAUGAUGUUCAUCUGGUCAUCUGUCCAUCAGUAUAAGUGCCAUGUCAUUCUGGGCAACCUCAGGAAAAAUAAAGCAGGAGUGGUCAUUCACUGUAACCACCGAAUCCCUUUUGGAGACUGGUUUGAAUACGUUUCUUCUCCUAACUACUUAGCAGAGCUUAUGAUCUACAUUUCCAUGGCUGUCACCUUUGGAUUCCACAACUUAACUUGGUGGCUCGUGGUAACAUACGUCUUCUUCAACCAGGCCCUGUCUGCUUUCCUCAGUCACAAGUUCUACAGAAGCAAAUUUGUCUCCUAUCCAAAGCAUAGGAAAGCUUUCCUACCAUUUCUGUUUUAAGAAAACCUCAGUCAUGAAGAAUGCGAACCAGGUGAUGCGUACGAUUCUUAAGGACCACGAAGUCUAGAGAUCAAAGUACACUCUCUGCUGGACUGCUUGAAACUCUGUUCCAUUUCUGUAUCCAAAAGUCUUCACUGAAUGAGCAAAGCACUAUUCCUCAAGGAAAAGAGUCUUCAGAGAAGAAAUACUUGUGACAGACCUGAGAGAGCUUUGUAAAACCAACAAACUGCUCAAAAGUAGAUGAGACCUCUGCAAACUGCUUUAAAAUCCGACUAACCAAGAACAUACGAACAGCUUCAAACCUACACAGAGGAAGAGAGAAGUCAUCCAUGGCUUCGUUUUCGCUACAGACAAAUUAACUAGACCACACAGUGUAGUAGGUGCUCAGUAACUGCUUAUCAUAUUGCAAUCAAGGCAGAAUAGCCUUUGAAAAUGACGACAAUGUGUAAGUUAUACCAAUGGAUUCAGAGAAAAAUGAGUUUAUGGGAAUUAGUUUAUACUUUGAUUUAUUACCACAGGGAUUUCUGUAUGUAAUUAAUCAUUAGUAAUCGUCUCCCCCUCAAAUCAUAGCCUGACAGAAAGUGUGAAACCUUUUAUGUAAUACUUUUUUGACGUCCCUUUCAAAGGAGUACCUUAAAAGUGAAAGCAUCUGAAAAUAAACUAUUUUUAUAUUUAUGCACAGAAGGCCUUCCUGAAUGGAACUGACUUCCAUGUCUGAUGGGAUGGUACUGUAGCCUCAUUCAUAUGUAGUUAUUCAAAUUAGAUUAAUGUCUGCCUGAGUUUAUUCUAAUAGAAUAAAUCCAAACAUGUUUAAAAAUAAA